AUGGAACCUGAUCCCAACAUCAUCGCCAUUUUCGGUCCACCUCCAGAUGGCCUCGACAUUUCAGAAAGUAGCGUCGUUCGCAACAAUGCCACUGUCAUAAUCCUGGCCGUCCUGGCGUCCGUCGCCGUGGUGCUGCGGCUGAUGGCGAGGUUUCUUCAAGGUCACAGUCUGAAGGCGGAUGAUUGGACGAUCCUUCUCUCACUGAUCCUCUACGCCUACACCUUCAUCUACGGCACAGCCUGCGCCGCCACCAAAAUCUCCAUCCUCCUCUUCUACCAACGCAUCUUCCUCCUCUCCACCGCCUCCUCCCAGUCCUUCAAAUUCUCCCUCGUCGCAGGGUACGUCCUCUCCGUCGCCUACCCCAUCAUCAUCUGGGCCACCAUGGCCAACGCGUGUCGCCCGCUCUCGUUCUACUGGAAUCAAUUUGUCGGCGAACAGGGGAAAUGCAUCAACAUCAACACAUUUUACCUCGCCCUCGCCAUCAUCAACAUGGUCAACGACGUCAUCGUCCUCUUGAUUCCCAUCCCGCAGAUUCUAAACCUGCAAAUGUCGGGUAGGAAAAAGGCUGCUGUUUGUAGCAUCAUGUUGCUCGGAAGUUUCGUCUGCGUAGCAAGCAUAGUCCGCAUAACCCAUCUCUCAACCUUCUCCCGCGCCCUCGACAUAACCUGGCAAAUGGGCCCCGUCUUCAUCUGGUCCGCCAUCGAACCCUCCAUCGCAAUCGUCUCCGCCUGCCUCCCGCACCUCGCACCCCUCCGCCGCCUCGUUCGUCACAAAAUCUCGUCUUCCCUGGGCCACUCCAGUGGCAAUGCCGGAGGUGGAGCGCCCUCAUCUAACAGCGCACCAUGGCGACUGAAAUCGAAGCAGAGCGCCGGCGGAGGAAAAAAUAGUAGCUCGCAAAAUGGUACGGGUGCCCUGUUCACGUACGGCGGGUCGAGGUUUAAUUUUGGCGGCGGAGCGGGCGACGGCAAUUUGGGCGGGGAGUCGGAUGACGAGAUUGGACUUACGAAUCGAAUCACGGCUGGAUCUGGCGGGGCCAAGAAUUUGUCUACCGAGUCCGGGUCCGAGGAGAACAUCAAUGGGGGGUCGAUUGUUGUUCAAUCGAGCUUCAUCCAGGAGAGUAUGAGGAAUCCGAGGUAG